CAAAACUUCCACCUGAAACCUGGUCCAAUAUCAACAUGGGCCUGGACUUCCCGACGACCCACGGCGAUUGGAAAUUCGACCUCGUGGGUCUUCUUGCCAUCAUCGGCGAGUCCAUCAUCGACGAGGUCGUCCAGCCUCUGACUGCGUCACGAACAGUCCUGCUCCCAAGACUACUUCCCGCACCACAUGCAUUAAUCCGACCUUCCCGCCGGGCAGCACUCCCAUCGACCCCCGUUACCGUGGUAGGCAUCCACACGGGGAUCCAGCUACAAAGCGUGCCUUACUUCCCCAGCAUAAUCCACCAACUCGACCUGAUCCAACCUUUCGAAUUCCAAGAAAUGAGCAUCAAAAUGGCCUAUACCGAAGAGCCAGCCUCUCACGGAACCCACGAUAAACUAGCAACCGUCCGAGCCCUCGCACCACUGAAGGUGAUCACGAUCCUAAUCGUUGCAAUUCCCCUAGUCUCUUUCGCCAGCAGUUUCCACAGCGCUGCGUCAUUCUGGCAGUCCGAUGCGAAACCAAGAGUCUCCGGGACCAACCCCCCAGGGGACCUGGCGCUUCGGACCCGCGAAGGAGCGUUCAUCGUGGUUCAUUGCAGCCAGGAAGUCGCGAGGCUGCUCUACACCGGCGAGGGGAGGUGUAGAUACGUAGCGGGGGCGGCGUAUCGGGUUCUUAUUUACGUGGGCACGCUGUUUCUAAUGGUUGGCAUUGUGGUGAUGUCGAACUGUUCGUGGACGAUGCAGGUCACAUUGGGUAUUUCGUACCUGGCGUUGAACGUGGUGUAUAUGUUCUGUGCGUUAACGCCGGAAGUCAGUCGGCUGUGGCAUUGGGAGUUGCGGAUGAUUGACGCUGUGAUGAAUACUACAAUUCAAAGCAGUAACUAUACUGAGGUUUUGUGGCAUGGGAUUCGAGCCACUAAGUCGAUUGAGUGGAUUAAGAAAGGGGGUUUUGCUCCUGCGACGAAAGCGUGGGAUAAAUGGCUUGAUGAGGCAGUAAGAAACUGUGAGAAUCCGGGGUGGGAUGCUGUUGACGAUACCAACUGGAAACAAUCUACAGCUUCAACAACGAUUCCCCACGCACACCAUUCUUGA